AUGUUGUCUAUGCCUUUGCUCCUGACUUGGUGUCUUCUUCAGGUUGGCUGUGGUCUGCCUACUCCAGAGUCAUUUGAAGUAGAUGUAGAUGGUGGAAUUGAUCGAGAUGUCUUGGACAUCAAUGAAGCUUUAGGACUGAACCUUUUUGAGGGAGAUAUCAAACUUGAUGGGGAACGAAACUCCAUUAUUGGUGACAACUAUCGGUGGCCCCUCACCAUCCCAUAUGUCCUUGAGGAUAGCCUGGAAAUGAAUGCUAAAGGACUUAUCCUCAAAGCAUUUGAACGGUAUCGCCUAAAAACCUGUAUCGACUUCAAACCUUGGGAAGGAGAAAAAAAUUAUAUAUCAGUGUUCAAGGGCAGUGGUUGCUGGUCCUCUGUAGGGAACCGCCAACAAGGGAAGCAGCAACUCUCAAUUGGAGCCAACUGCGACAGGAUUGGGACUAUUCAACAUGAGUUCCUUCAUGCACUUGGAUUCUGGCAUGAGCAAUCACGAUCCGACCGGGAUGAUUAUGUCUCCAUAAUGCGAGACAGAAUUCAGUCUGGUAAAGAACACAAUUUCAAUACAUAUGAUGAUAAAACAUCAAGCGCCCUGAACGUUCCUUACGAUUACACUUCUGUGAUGCACUAUAGUAAAACGGCAUUCAUGAAUGGAACUGAACCAACCAUAGUAACUAACAUACCAGAAUUCAUGGAUGUGAUUGGGCAACGAAUGGAUUUCAGUGAUUAUGAUCUCCAGAAGCUAAAUCGCCUAUACAAUUGCACCUCCUCACUAAGCUUUAUGGACACAUGCAGUUUUGAACUUGAAAAUGUUUGUGGCAUGAUUCAAAGUUCAGAAGAUAACAGUGACUGGCAGCGUGUGUCUCAGGUACCUGCUGGCCCACACACUGAUCAUACCAAUAUGGGACACUGCAAAGAUACUGGGUACUUCAUGCAUUUUAAUACCAGUGCUGGCAGCGUGGGAAACACAGCUACCCUGGAGAGCCGAAUUCUGUAUCCCAAAAGAGGAUUUCAGUGCUUACAAUUCUAUUAUUACAACAGUGGUCAUGAAAGUGAUAAGCUGAACAUCUUAGUCAGGGAGUAUGCUUUAGACAGCUCCACUAGUGGUUUAAGACUCAUUGAAAGGAUACAAGGUUCACCUCUGGAUUAUUGGCAGCUUUACCAUGUUCCUUUGACGGCCACAAGGAAAUUCAGGAUUGUAUUUGAAGGCGUAAAAGGAAAUGGUUCAUCAAAUGGAGGCCUCUCUAUUGAUGACAUUAACCUUUCAGAAACACAGUGUCCCCAUCAUGUCUGGCAUAUACGAAAUUUCACACAUCUCCUCAAUACAAGUCCUGCAGGGAGAAAAAUAUACAGUCCGCCUUUUUACUCUAGUAAAGGAUAUGCUUUUCAGGUUGGCUUGUAUGUGAAUGGUAUCAAUGACAACCCAUUUAACUUAGCGAUAUAUUUGCACUUAAUCUCUGGAGUAAAUGAUGAUCAUCUGCAGUGGCCUUGUGAAUGGCAACAAGCUACUAUGAUGCUGUUGGAUCAAAAUCCCGAUAUUCGUCAACGCAUGUCAAAUCAAAGAAGUGUAACAACAGAUCUAUCUGUAUUAACAGAUUCCUCAUCUUAUUUUUGGGACAGGCCAGACAAAGUAGGAUCGCCUGCUAAUUUCGCUAAUGGGACUCAAUUCAUGAGAGGGCCAGGACGUGGAACUAGUGGAUUUCUAACUCAUGAAAGGCUUAGAAGCCUCAACUUCAUUAAAGAAGAUGGUGUUUACAUUCUUUUAACAAUGGAAGAUAUCUCACAUCUGAUAUCAACUGAACAAAACAUUUCAGUCACCACCACCACCAGUCCCACAACAGUACCAGUGACAGCAACUCCAAAUUUCUGUGUAAAUGGUGGUAUCGCCAUUGUCGUAGAUGAAAAACCAGUGUGCAGAUGUCCAGCAGGUGAUGACUGGUGGUAUAUGGGAGAAAAGUGUGAGAAGAGAGGCUCAACUAAAGAAAAUAUUAUAAUAGCUGUUUCUUCGACAAUUGCUGUAUUUGUCAUUAUGCUACUUGUCACUAUUAUAAGUAUAUGUUGCAUGAGGAAGAAAUACCACCAAAAAAUGAUAAACAACAAAGAAGCUUGGAUUUUAGAAAACUUUUUUGAUUCCAACUCAUCCCUGUGUAAAGUAGCAAUUAAAGUUAACCUAAAAAGUGAAGGAAAACGCAUUGAGUCGUGA